GAGUGUUUUGAGUGGGUCGAUUUCACAGUCAUGUGAUAGUCUGUAAGUCAACUUCUUCCUGAUUCCUGAUUAGUCACGAUCGGGUUGGGCUUCAUAGGACGACAAACAAAAAUGAUAAAUUAUCGAUUUGUGGCUUAAUUUCCAUAUAAACAUAAGGAAAUCUCCUCCAUAGUUGUGCUGUAUCUGGGUGCGUUUAAAGCACAAAAUAAAGUCGACCUUUCACGAUGACGGACCCUUACGAGUACAUCGGACAGCAAUCAAGACUUUAUCAGUCACAUCUCAAAGGUUUACUACACCAAGAGCACAUUCAACAGAAAUCAAGACUUGAUCAGUCACAUCUCAGAGGUUUACUAAAACACCAAAAGUGGACAAAGAUUGUAGAUGAAUAUAAAAUGUCAAUCAAAGAGAAAUACAUCCAGCAUAAGCAUGACCACUUUCUCUUGGGAAAAGAAGCAUCCCUGGCAGACCUGUAUACUGAACCAGACAUCAUUCAGAAAAAUAUAAAUGGUGGAUUUACAAAAAUCAGCGUGAAGGAGAUGUUCAGGCUCAAUAACCCAAAAACUGUCACUCUUCAAGGAAAUCCUGGCAGUGGCAAAUCCUUCUUAGCACAAAAAAUCAUGUUGGACUGGGCAUCUGGAGAACAUUAUCUUAUCUUUGAUCUAGUUUUCUAUCUGAAGUAUGAAGAGCUUAUGUGUAUUUCUGAAGAGAUUAAUGUGUCUGAACUUUUGAGCUGGAGCUCUAAUUUACCAUCAAAUCUGAUAUCAGAAAUGAUAUUUCAGUCAAGAUGUAAUGUGCUUUUCCUCAUUGAUGGAUUUGAUGAGCAUAGAUUCAUGUGUUAUGACCAUUGCUUUUUACAUUACUCCAUGAAAGCUCCACCUGACGUCAUUGUUUGUGCUUUGCUGAGGAAAGAAAUUCAGUGCCUAUCUUCCCUGCUGGUCACAUCUAGAACUAAGGUCAAUCAGGGCACAGUGUUUAAAAGAUCACUACCGUCACACUAUCACAUUAAGAUUAUGGGCUUUUCUGAGAAGAAAAUAGAGGAGUACUUUCAGAAGUUCUUUCAAGAUGAAGAAAUCUUCAGGAAGGCUUAUGAGUCUGUAAAGUCAAAUGAAACCCUGUUGACUGUCUGCUCCAUUCCUGUUAUCUGCUGGAUCAUCUGCACAGUUAUUAAAGAAAGAGUCAAUGAUGAUGCAGAUUUAACAAGAGGUCUGGAAACAACCACAUCCAUAUAUGUUGAGUUUGUGUCCACUUUACUGGAGCGUCACUGUCAGGGUUUGAACGAGUCGGUCCCAAACCUGCUGAGGAGACUGGGUCAACUGGCAGAGAGAGGGAUGCUGGAACAACAAGUUCUGUUUGAUGAGAAAACCAUCCAAGAAACAGUCCAAGAUCCGGUUAACAGUGCAUUCUUAAACAAAUUCCUAUUGGAAAAAAGAAUCCAGCAGGAGACAAUGUUCAGAUUCAUUCAUCUCAGCUUUCAUGAGUUCUUCGCUGCUCUGUACUUUGUCUUAUUGGAUGAAGAUGAGUCUCAGAAGAAAGUCAGAGAGCUUCUUCACACUGUAGAGAGAGGAUGGGCUUUGUCCUGUUGGUCUGUUGCUAAAUUUUCAAAUAGAGAUUUAGAAUUAAGAAAUUCAAAGCAGCUACAGUCUGUAAUUUUGUUCCUCUGUGGUCUCUGUAAGAAUGAAACGAUCGACUCAUUCUUUGAAAAGCACAAUGUGACUGUUAGUAUCAACAUAAAAACCCAGCUGAAGGAAUGGAUCCAUCAGUGUUUACUGAGAUAUCAACAUAAAAACAUGAUGUUCAUUCUUCGUUGCCUCUAUGCUCUUCAUGAGAAGAGCUUCAUUGGGAAAGUUUUGGGAGAUUUGGUUCUGAACGAUCUGACCAACACUCCACUAAAUAGGACAGACUGCUGGGUUCUGCGGUUUUGUUUACAGUGCUGUGAACGUAUCAGAAACCUGAAACUCAAUGUUACAUCUGAUCAUCUAAAGAUACUUCAACCUGCAUUGUGUAGUUGUGAAGAGCUGUGGUUGAUGGUGGAUGAUUUCUCAGAAGGUGUUGAGACUUUCCUCUUAGCUCUUGGAGAAAGAAACAUUCUGAAUCAGUUGAUUGUAAAGAUGGGUGAAAAGAGAAGCCAAAGCUACUCAGAGAUUAUUGCUUCAGUCAGAGAUGGAGACCUGACACUGUCUGUUAGCUGUUGCAAACGUAAUCCACGGUUGUCAGAAUCACCACAGGUGCUGUCAGAAUUAACUUUCACCUUUUCACGCUCAGAGAUUUCCAGCUGUAGAAACCUCCUGCAAACACUCCAGACAUUACCAAGUUUUGAAGGUUCUGGUGAAGGGGUUUUAGUAGAGACAGUCACUGUGACGAAUGUCCUGCAAUCUUUGUCUGGUUUGAAGAAAGUCCAUCUGGAGGUGGACAAAUGGACUGAUGAAUGGAUUUCAGUAAUCCGUUCCCUCAUCCAGACAUGUCCCAGUCUCAACAAAUUCAGGAUAAAUGCUAGAUUAUCGUUUAUUCCAUUGCUGGUAACCCUGAAGGAAUCACUGAGACUGAAGGGCUGGACCAUGACAGUCUGCAGGAAGUCAAUGUUGAUUGAGCGUGUCAAGAAGAGAGACAGGAUGAGUUUGACAGAUGAGGAGCCGAAGACAAAAGAGAGGAAAAAUGAGGAUGUGAGUUUGGAUUCUGUGUCAAGUGUAUCAUUAGGAGCUGAAUCAUCUUCUACAGAUCAACCAUGUUUAGAAGAUGUAGAAGUCUUCACACCUGAAUAUACUGACAGAGACGACGAGAGCAAAGCAACAAACUUAUACAGGUUUGUUUCUCCACAUGCUGGUCAGUUUCAGUGCAGUUUGACAAACCUUGUGUUUGUGAUGGAGGGUAAAGGAGAGGUGUUGUAUAAAAUCGUGCCCUGGGAUCCACGGCUCUUAGAUGGUUUGGGUCAGAUGCAGCCUGCAGGUCCCUUGUACAACAUUGACUGUUUUAAAGGUUCAAUCUCACAACUGCAUCUUCCACACUGUGAAGUUUUCUCUGAGAAAAAUAAAGUCAGUUUGGCUAUAGCACACAUCACUGGUGGUAAUGUAGAAAAGUUGCCAUCGAUGAAAGUGAGCAGCACUCACGUGAUUAUUAAUAUCACAGAGUUUUCCCUGUUUGGACUCAUAAAAGAUAUCAUAUUCCCUGUGUAUCCUGUCUGUGCACAAGUUCUGCUUUUCAUUCGACCAAAAUCUAUUGCACACAAACAGAAAAUACUGAAUGUUCACUUGCUUCCAGGGAAUGUGCCCUUAUCAGAGGUUCAGAGUCAACAUCAGGAGAAAACAUACAUUGAGACAAGUUCAAUUUGUAAUCUGAUUCCUGGGAAAGAAUACAAACUGUGUUGUCAUCCAGAGGAAUGUGAAGUGCAGCCACUGGAUGAGGUCUUUCAGUGUAAUUUUGGCCCAAACUAUCACCCUACAUUUGAAGUGUUUCUGAAUGUUAGCAUUGAGGAGGUCAGGCUUGGUCUUCUGGAUUCAAAUAAUAGAGGGAAAGAAGUGUGGAAGCAACGACGAGUUCUUCUCUCAGCGGCCACCUGUGGAGAGAGAGAGCAGAACGAGAGUGAAUCAUUGAAGAGCAAACUGUGA